AUACUACCAGCCAUGGUCAACCCCACUGUGUUCUUCGACAUCAGUGUCAGUGGCAAGCCCUUGGGCCAUGUCUCCUUCAGGAUAUUUGCAGAUAAGCUUUCAAAGACAGCAGAAAACUUUCGUGCUCUGAGCACUGGAGAGAAAGGACUUGAUUAUAAGGGUUCCUGCUUUCACAGAAUUAUUCCAGGGUUUAUGUGUCAGGGUGGUGACUUCAUGUACAAUAAUGGCACUGGUGGCAAGUCCCUCUAUGGGGAGAAAUUUGAUGAUGAGAACUUCAUCCUGAAGCAUAUACGUCCUGGCAUCUUGUCCAUGGCAAAAGCUGGACCCAACACGAAUGGCUCCCAGUUUUUCAUCUGCACUGCCAAGACUGAGUGGUUGAUUGGCAAGCAUGUGGUCUUUGGCAAGGUGAAAGAGGGCAUGAAUAUUGUGGAGGCCAUGAAGCCCUUUGGGUCCAGGAAUGGCAAGACCAGCAAGAAGAUCACCAUUGCUGAUUGUGGACAACUCUGGAUUCUGGCUGACCCCUCCAUAGAUGACCUGCUUCUGCUGGCUGUGUCCAGGGUGGCCUCCCUGAAGCCACUGGAGCAGAGGCCUGGUAUCUUCUCAGAGCAGCAGCCAACCAGGCAGCUGGAGGAAACCCCUGGUCUCUUCUGCAGCCAAAGUGCCAGGCCUGUGGCAAAGCAGGUAACCUUUGAAACGGAAUCUGAUCUGCUGUCGGCCACUGCCCAGGCCACAGUCUGCCAAAGGGACAGCCGAACGAAAGGCUCAACUUCCUCCUUCAUCAGCUCCAAGUUCCAGGACAAGAGGCAGAACCAGGUGCCACCGAGCCUGCCGCAGACACACUUGCACCCAGACUUCUGCAGCCCCUGCCCUCCCAAUGACCUUGCCUUGAAGACUCUGCAGUUCUCACCUUUGACAGCUUUCUGGGAAUUCGACCGUCCCCAGGCUGUCCUCUUCAUUGAUGCCUUUGCCACUUAA